GAACGAGAGAUUGGUCGGUCGGUCGGUGAAUGAAUGAAUGCUUGAGUGAAUGAGGUGCUACGGGGCGGAGCGGAGCGGAGGGGGAGGUGGUGGUGGUGGAGGAGGUGGUGGUGGUGAGUUCUGAGACAGAGAGUGGAGGAGGUUGGAGGAGGUGGUGGUGCACGGAUCGGAGAGGCGAGGCAAGGCGAGAGAGGGAUCAGCGAGUGCGGAUCUAUCAUUCUGCAGAAGCCUGUGUGGUGUCUGCGAGAGCUGAGAGGCAGAAGGCGAGAGAGAGCUGACGAGAGCUGACGAGAGCUGAGAGGAGAGGGAAGGCGAGAGGGAGAACCAGCCGAGUUCGAGAGUAAGAGGGAGUGGACCUGAAUCAUGUCUCUCGGAUCGAGGAAGCUCGUGGUACUGGGCAUACCAUGGGAUGUCGAUACCGAAGGACUCAGACAGUACAUGAUGAAGUUUGGACAACUCGAUGACAUAAUCGUGAUGAAGGAUCGUGCCACAGGCCGCUCCCGAGGGUUUGGUUAUGUCACUUUCACCCUGACUGAAGACGCAGAGAAAGCGCUUGCAACGCAACAUUCUCUCAAUGGACGCAUGUUGGAGGUUAAAAUAGCAACCCCAAAGGAAGACAUGAAACCAGCGACAAAAAAGAUCACUAGGGUAUUUGUAGCUAGGAUACCACCUAGUGUCACAGAUGAAAUGUUUCGCAGUUACUUUGAAAAGUACGGAACAUUGACGGAUGCUUACAUGCCAAAGGAUCAAAAUUCGAAGGCUCAUCGUGGCAUUGGAUUCGUCACUUACGAACAUGCAGAUGCGGUAGACAAGUUGAUGGCAGAAUCGCACGAGCUUGGCGGAUCAACAAUCGCUGUUGAUCGAGCUACUCCUAAGGGGGCGUUUGCAGCUCCUAUGGAACCAGGCUACGAGCUGGAGGAAACGAUGAAAGUAUGGGGUAGAGGCUUUCCAGCGGCUGCGUAUGCAACUGCACCAUAUGGAGUCUAUACAAAUGCUGCUAGGUUUACAGCUUUUGGUGGAGCAGCAUUUGGACCUUAUGAUUACUCAGGCGCUGGUCUUGGAAGUGACCUGGGCGCCGCUGGCAUGGCUGGUUCCUAUGGCUCUAACGCUUGGCCACCUCCUCCUCCUCCUCCUCCGGGAAGUAUUCUUGGAGGUCAGAAUGUCCAAGUUCCUGGCGCUACUCCUGCCGCAAACUAUGGCUCUGCAGCGGCUCCUGUUCCACCAGCUAGAGGACUUGGGACAAAGAUUUUUGUAGGAAGACUACCACCGGAAGCAACUGCGGAUGAUCUGCGACGCUAUUUCAGCAACUUUGGGCGUAUUUUAGAUGUUUAUGUGCCAAAGGACGCCAAGAAAGUCUCGCAUCGAGGUUUCGGGUUUGUCACUUUUGCCGAAGAGGGAGCUGCGGAACGGGUUGCACUUAGGACGCAUGAACUUCUUGGCCACCAGAUAGCUGUCGACAGAGCAGCUCCUCAAGAUGAUUCCGGUGGCGGUUCUGGGUACUUUCAAAACUCUGUAGGUGGGCAAGGAGGAUCGACAGGCGGUGCUGGAGGUCCGUUGAGAGGCAACAAUCCAGGAGUUGCAGCCGGUGGAUUUGGAGGUUUACCUGGCAGUUUGGACUUCAACAGUGGAUGGGGGGCAUAUGGUGGGGUGGGUCCAAUUCCAACAGGUGACUCUGGAGUACCAGGUGGGCAUCGGGCUUCCAGGAUAGAACCGCGUUACAGGCCUUAUUAGGCUUUUCAAUGUUGGGGACCGUGAAGGCACUUGAUGUGCCAGUAAAACGUUAACGUAGUAGCUUUAUCGGCCCUACGGGACAAAGUUGUACAAUAUUUCCUGCUGAGAGUUAUGCAGCUAGCAGGAUGUCUAACAUGAAUAGAUCCAAAAUGAGGAUGGCUGCUGCAUUAUCUUGAUAUUGCAGUUUCUGCAUGUUUACGUAGCUACUUAUGUAGUACACAGAUGACAGCACCAUCGAGGCAUUUUUUAGUUCAUGAGUUGCAUGAGAAAGCUUCCCAUGGACAACCCUGUCCACCAAAAUCUGGUGUGCAUGGCCUGGACGAUCGGCUCCUAAUUUGCAACAAUUCUUUGUUUAGACCUCCACCAAAGAAAGUGUGGAUACACAU